GCGCAAUGUCCCGUUAUCGAGACUUCGGCCGACGUAUUCGCAGGAGUAUAGUCUAGUAGUCUGUUACCGAGGGGUCUCAGAAGAAGCUGAAAAAAGGUAUUUUACCCCUCAAUAUCCUGGUAUAUUUGGUGUAGUGAUAAGAUUAUAGCUGUGUGAGGGGAAGUUUAUUAGGAGAUCUGUGUAAAUUUGACUUGGGAUGAGGUUCAGGGUCUUGCAAAUGCAUACAGCACAGGAGAGAACUCGGUAUAAACUGCUGAAACAAGGCAAAAUGACACAGGAUUAUAGAGAUGCUAUCAUGAUUGGCGUUGGAAUUGUGCUUUUUGGAGUACUGACUUCCACUUGUGAAGUCCUCAUUGUGUGUCUCUUGUGUAACAGAUCUUUACCGUGUGCUAAGAGGCUAUCACGCUCAAAGACCAGAGUCACUACAGAGAAUAACCCGGCCUAUGGUGUAGUAGUUGGCGUAGUUCAUGAUAUGCCACCAUCCGUCACUAUAUCAUCACCAACAGAGGAGGCUCUGUAUGCAGAAAUUCCUAACUGAAACUCCUUGGGAGAGUGAGGUUGACAAGUCACGGACAAUAAUUAGACCAUGAUGUUCACAAAGUGUGUAUCUGUCACCUCAAAUGUCUAUACACCAGAGAUAAUUUGAGCAUCAACGACAAGUUAGGUGCAUAUUUUCAAUCAGUGCUGUGUACCGUUUAAUCUUUUCACGGUGACAUUUUGGCAUCAUGUCUUGAGGGAAAGUCAUGUGCAUAAGGGGAUGAAUGGAGAAUA